AUGUCUAGACUCACUGGAUUCUUGUACCAAACACUCUUCAAGAGAAACUCAACUUUCAUUGCCACCGCCAUCGUUGGUGCCUUUGUCUUUGAGAGCUCAAUCCACGGUGUCGUCAACUGCACUUGGGACAGCGUCAACAAGGGUAAACUCUGGAAGGAUGUCUUGGUUGAGCGUCAGUCAAAGGGACUCUCUCAAUAA